CGGGACAGCUCCCACGGGGGCCGGAGCAUGGGUCCGUCGAGGCUUUUGUCUGGCCUCGAACUGCUUGUCUGCAUGUUUUCCAUGCUUCAUGGCAUGUGUUUGUUAGCCCGGCACGGCCCAUGUGUCUGUGGAUGGCAGCCGUCUUUGCGUGACUAGCAUCUUGGGGCGUUCCCAAGGAUACUCUCCUGCAGGCACAUGCUGUCCCGCUGCUGUUCCUACUCCUCUCCCGCUCCCCUGCCCUUUUCCCUUCUCCCUGGCUAAACGGCCGAAGUCACCAUGUCCGGACCGGGCCUUAUCGCCGUGAUGACGGCUUUGGCCUCACUCGCGCUCGGCCAAGCGGUUUGGCUACCAGAUCAGGUCAACACAAGGAUAUGUCAAUGGCGACAGCUUCGAGCUGCUGUCCUCCGGGACACAGUCUAUCUGGACGGAGGAUACCUGUUGUGGCAGCCGGGCUUCACGGAUGGCUCGACUGGGAACGCUGUCUCCGAUGAUAAUCCGCUGGGGUUAAUCUACACGCUGAACCUCAGCACCCCGUUCAACACCACCCAGAAUAUCUCGGCCAUCCUCGGCACGCUGGAGAAAGGCGCCGGCGCCAACCUCGCACCGAACUACCAAGACGGCGCCCUUCUGGGCAACAACGAGGAGUUCUUCCUGUAUGGCGGCGUGACGGUACCGACCAGCGCCUUCUCGGAUCCUCCGGGAGACUCAGUUCUGGGUUACUAUGCAUAUCAGCAGAGCGAUGCACCCAGACAGGUCUUCCGCCCGCAGUUCCUUAGCAAGCCGCUCGGAGUCAACGUCACUCGCUACGUUGCGUAUGGCGGGGCCGCCAGCGCGCCUUCGGAGAACCUGGCAUGGUACUUUUCCGGGUUGCGGUCUCGCAGAGGAGGCCCUAUCUAUGACCCAAACAGUGCAAACGACACGACCGCCCCGGUCGAAGUAUCGGAGACGCUCAUCAUCUUAGACAUGGCCGAGCAGCAACGGGAAACCUUCACUAACAAGCCGCUACCGCCGCAUAUCUCGGGUCGCGCGAAUCCGGAAUUUGUCUGGGUCCCUAUCGGGUCGCGGGGGAUCGUGGUCGCCCUCGGAGGCGUUGUAUACCCCGAUUUUGUUCAGCCCGAUGGUCACUCCCAGAACGCAACAGCUAGCGAAUCGCAAAGCCCGGAGUUCAUGUCGACCAUCGACAUCUACGAGGUCGCCAGCGGCAACUGGUACCGCCAGCAAACGACAGGCGGGCCUAAACAGCUCACGCGUGGGUGCGCAGUUGUCGCCCGUGCCCAGGACAGCUCGAGCUUCAACAUCUACUACUACGGUGGCUAUGAUGGCCUACACCAACAGCAGGCCUACAGCGACGACGUGUGGGUCUUAUCACUGCCGUCGUUUACCUGGGUGAAGCUGGCGUCCAGUGACGCGCGAGGACGCGCGGGACACAAAUGCGUCACGCCCUACCCGGACCAGAUGCUGGUCAUCGGCGGCUAUUCAGACAUCGAUCCUGCUGUGUGUCUGAAGGAGACUAUCCGGGUCUUCAAUCUGUCGGCCGGUGCAUGGAUCGACCGCUACGACCCCGCCGUUUACUCAAAUUACACGGUUCCCAGCGCCGUUUACAACGCGAUCGGUGGGUCUGGUACCGGAAGCGCCACCGGGACGACGCCCUCGCCCUCUGGAUGGGAUUCGAACGAACUGGCGAGCGUCUUUGCCACGCCGUAUCCGAUGAGCAAGAUCACCACCUACUAUCCGUAUGCGUCUGUCGGACCAACCAAUACCACUAAUCCCAACGUUCCUCCGCCAUCAAACGAGGACGAGGGCGGCGGUGUCCCAUCCUACCUUGCUCCCGUUCUCGGGGUUGUCCUGGGUGUGGUGUUUCUCACCGUGGUAGCCGUGUUGCUCCUGCUCUGGCGCCGCCGCAGGUACUUGCGUCGCAGCACUUUGAGCGAGGCCGAGACCGAAGACACCAACGGGCACCGCAUCAAGUCCUGGCUGCGAGGCCAGCCCAGCGAAGUCAAGGCGCCGACUAUCACCUCGUAUGACUACACGCCGCCGAGUUCGACGGACGUAGAUACCACGGCAGUGCCGCAGCGGUCGAUCGCCGAGAUGAUGAACACGGAGGUUCACGCCCCAGUCGAGCUGCCCGGCAGUUCCUUCCCGGCCGAGCUUCACGACAAUCCCCUAUCUACAGCAGCCGCAGCCGCAGUCGCCGCCCACAGCAGCAACAACACGGUCUCGGACCCGAGCGUGCAGCAAACGAACCACAGCGCCUUCUCCGACCCUACCCCUCCGCCCAUUCCCCACGACGACUCCCCCAUCGUGCACCGCCCGGACUCAGACGCCCUCGGCCGCGCGCCCACGACCACCACUACCAGCGUAGGCACCUCGCCGACCGGGACAUCGCCCACCGGCACCGCAGCAAUGGCAUCCGCCUCACCAGGCGGCGCCGGCGCAUCCCCGUCCAAGGUGCUAUCGGGCGUGUCCAACCUCUCGGAGCGCGACCGCGCCCACUUGCGGCAGAUUAGCGACACAACCGUCAGCAGCGUCACCACGGCGGGGCCAUCAGGAGGGCCGGGAGGAGCAAUGGUGGAGCCUAUCAGUAUCAGGACUGGCGGUGCCAUCGUCGAGAGUCCCGCGGUCGUGUCACCUCCCACGGCGACGGGCGACGCGCCGGACUAUCUGAGUGCGCGGUCCGUGUCGGGAAUCGGGUCCACGUUUGGGCAGCAGGCGAGUCCCUUGAGGAGGAGCGUGUUUUCGGAGGAUAUUAGUGGCGGUGAGGAGGACGGUGGGCAACAGGGGGGGCGUGGGAGUGGUAGAAGGAACAGGUGAGCUGAAUGAGAUGAGGGUGACGUUUUGGGUCAUGGGAAGGUAUCUGGGAUAAUGAGCUUGGCGUUUGGUGGGUGGGUAGUCGGUAUACAUAUAGGUUGGGUACUAUAGGCUGGAUCGCUCGCUCAUACCCGGUUUCUGUCCAUUUUGCCUACUAAAACUUGCUGGUGCCCCCUGCGGCAUUGUUGGAUAGCGAUGGUCUGUAAUACAGCGCUGGUGAGCACUUCAAGGUCAAGUCAAUGGCGGUCCUUGGAAGGUUUAUAAGAAGUCACGGUCUCUAUAGGGAGUA